GCCCCAUCUGGCCACCCCUAUGAAAAAUUUCUGGAGGCGCCACGGAACAACAGUAAACAUUUGUCCAUUUUAUAGAACAGGUUUCUAAUGAAGCAGGGAGCUUUCCCUUCCAGGAAGUCCCUCAGUUUGUCGGUUGCUACUAGCAACUUACUAGACGACGCGCUAACGGCAAUCCGAGUCCAUACACGUAAAUUUAGAAAAAAACACACACACACACAAAAAAAACGCAAUGAUGAGAAACAACAAUUUGUAGUCAUGGCGCACGACGAUACACGGGUGGAGUGGAUACGACAGCGAGUUCGUGUUUGUUUCAAUUUAGCUGACAAUGCAUGUUUCGACGAACUUCUGAGUCGCAAUGAUGGAGUACAGGAGGUGGAACUAAUUCGCUAUUUGAAUGGCGUUCUUGAAGAAAACACCGCUUGCUGCCUUCUGUUCAUGAAAACUGUCCGGGAGGAGGAGAUUGAAGUGAGGAUUCCUCAAGCUUCAUCAUUAGAAAACGGCAAUUCUGAUGACUCUUUGAACCAGGGGAAGUCAAGGAUCCAACAUGGACAAAAGACGUCUGAACAACCAAGUCAUACUAUUCAACUUGUCUAUCACACUGAGCUCCACAUGGCAAUAAACCGAGUGCCAGAGCGAUUCGCCAAAUCUCGAGUUUUAUAUUUCCUCAGGACCACUAAGGAGUCCAUUGUAGAGCCACUCGACAUGAUAGAAGCCAAUAAGAUGAUGCCCAAAUUCUUUGAGACCGGUUUGCAUAAUGGACACAACCUGCAAACUCUGCAGAAAAAACUUGUACAUAUCUAUAUUCCACUAAUGACUACCCAUCAGAUAAAAAAUCCUAAUGUAGGCCAUGAAGCUGCAGCAGGUUCUCUUUCUGAAGAAUUCAGUGGUGGAAGAGAGACUCCAACCAAGCCGAGUGACCAAGCAUCAGUUCGCAAUGAUUUACUCAACAGCACUCACAAGUUUUUGGCUUUGGUCAACUCAACAAUUCAACAGCUUCAAGCUCAAGAUGAAAUUGCUCUGAACAUCCCAGAGCUCGAUCUGGAGCCAGAGGUCAGUGAUCUGCUGACCAAUCCAACGGUGGUAGAAAAGUUGGAGCAGUGUGUAAUGAACUGGCAGACUCAGCUUACUGUUCUAAUUGAGGAGCAAGAAAAAAAGAAGCCACAGACACCUAGUCCGAUGGCUGAAAUUGUUUUCUGGCAGGAAAGGUCCUACACCCUUAGCGCUGUGAGAAUGAAGCUUAAUAAACCUGUGGUAAAGAAGAUUCUACUUUUAUUGAAGAAAGCGCAAGCAGGUGUGAUUACCACAAUGGACGCGACAAUAGACAAACUUGUUAAAUACUGCUCAGAGGCAGAGGAAAAUGUACGCUUCCUUCAAACAUUGGAAAGGCAUUUCAAAAAUUUGGCUACAGGAACAAACUUCAGUGUUUUUCUGGAGACCAUCCCACCUCUAAUGAACAGCCUGCAAAUUGUCUGGUUAAUAUCCUCCUACUACAACAACAAUGAACGCAUGGUCCCUUUGAUGGAACGCAUUGUUUGGCAACUGUCUGAACGGGUGGCUCAAGUCAUUGAUAUCCAUGUGCUUUUCAAAGAUGAAAGAGAAGUGGCAAAAUCCAAGGUGGAUGAUGCUAAACAAGUUCUAGAACUGUGGAAGUCCUCUUACUUCGAAGUGCGUGCUGAAAUUGAACAAGCAGGCACUGGAAAACGCUGGGAGUUUGAUACGAGAAAGCUCUUUGAGAAAACUGAUUAUAUGGCUGCCAUCUGUCAAGACUUGUCUUGUGUUUUGCAGAAUUUGGAUGGGUAUUUCAACAUCUUCAGCCCAGAGUUAAAAAGUGUGACCUUGGACCCAAGACAUUUUGAUGAGAUGCUGGCCAAGGUGGACAACCUUAUUGUACCUUUUGAGGGAAUAACUUUUGAUCCUUUCAAUAUCUGCAAGAUGAGCAGCUGGAAAAUCAUCAUGCAAAACUUCAACAGUGGUGUUUAUGCCAAUGAGAGAGAAGUCAUUGCCUUCAUUGACCAGUCCUUCAAGGCAUUGCGGUCUUCGACCGCUGCCUUUAACAUGCUUGUGAAAUAUAAAGACGUUCGCUCUCGACCCACCAUCAACAAUCAUUUGAUGAAGAAGAGUAAUGAGCUUCUGUCUCAGUUUUGCAAAGAGGUUGACAGUAUAAAUGAAAUCUUUGAGGAAAAGAAAAACGAACCAAACAUGAAUAAGAAUGAGCCUCCUGUGGCAGGCAGUAUCAGGUGGACGCGUACCCUUUUUCACCAUGCAAAAGAAGGAAUGGUUCCUCUCCUCACAAUGCCAGAUUUACUGGGGAGUGAAAUGGGCCAAGUGGCAAAAAACAAAUACUUGGAAUUGGCGAAAAAAAUGAGCGACUACGCCAUGAAGAAAUAUAAGUCUUGGAUAGCUGACACCGAAUGUAACUUGCCAGUGUUGUUGAAGACACCCGUUUUGGACAUAAUUGUGAAUGAAAGUCAAUUUCAGGGAGAGUUGCAGAUUAAGCGAUACCGUGCAAAUUUUCCACCAGAGAUCAUGACAAUAAUUUCAGAGUCAAAAAACUUGAUUUCAAUGUCCUACUCUAUACCUGAGGUUGCUCAAAAUGUGACUCUGCAGGAAUUCAACUUCAUAAGGUACAGUGAAGAGCUACAUAAACUUGUCAAUCGCUACAACGCUACAAUUGAUAGUCUGAGUGACGCAAAGCUCUCCAUGUUGUCACCAAACAUCAAAAGGGUUGAAACGCUGUUUUUAUCAGGCUGCAAAAGACUAAACUGGAACUCUUUGGCAAUUGCAGAUUUCAUCAGUGAGGCUAAUCAGGAACUCUCAAAGUUUGAGUCAAUCGUCAGUCAAAUCGAGAACAACGAGCUUGAUAUUGAAGCCAAGUUGCAGUCCAUAAUGUUGGCAAACCUCUUGAAAUGUCCCGCUCCAGAAAAGACUGACCUUUUACCAAGUGUCAGGGAGUUUUGCGACUGUAUUGAUAGAGAGAUGGCCAAAACUGUACAUUUGUUGAAAAGCAAAUACACGGACAUUGGCCCCGUCCUUACCAAGGUGGAACAUUUGAUUAUGGAAACAAACACUGGCAAGUCUAAAUGUAUGUCAAGUUACUACGCAUACUGGGAACGCAAGGUCCACAAUUGUCUAAUUAACAUGGUGCUGAGAAACAUCGAGGCUUUCAAUACUGUGCUUUUGGGGAGUAAACCUCUUUUCCGCGUUGAUGCCAUCCUCUCCGCCCCCAAGAUAUUAUUGCAACCAAAAAUAACCGAGAUUUACCAGUUGCUUACGCAGUGUAUCCGAGAUUGUGUCGAGACCACCAAAGAAUUUGCGCGUUGGAUGAACGGAACGUGCAUUGAGUGCCCACCACAACACGUAGAUGGUGACGACUUGGUGGUUUUUAGCUUCUUUGACAACGUAUCUUAUCAUCCUCAAAUCAAUGAACGUGCGCUUGCGGUGUCCCAAAAUAUUCAGCAGUUGCUGCUUUCUGCAGACCAAUACCUUAAUCACUGGAAACAGUACAAGCCUCUAUGGGAAAGAGACAAAGCCACAGUCUGUGAAAAGUUUGCCGCUAAAGACCCAACGUGCGCUAUGUACGAUCAGAGGCUGCAGUUCUAUGCUCAUAUAACUCAGAAGGUGACCCUGGAGCCUUUGUUUGUCAACGUGAACAUUGUCCAACUAAACCUGGAGCCACUUUGCCACACUGUGCAGGAGAUGGCAGAGUCAUGGAUCAGUUCUCUUGGAAGUUUGCUCAACAAAUCAGCCAAAGAGGAACUCUUCAAUUUAAGAGAUGAACUCGUGCAACUUUCCAAGAAGCUUAAACAGAGCCCUGACACUUUUGAGAACUUGAAAAAUGUCCUUGGGACCGUCUCAAAUGUUAGAGACAUGUCUCUUAAUGUGGAGCUAAGCAUCAGAGAUAUUCAGGAGAGAUAUAGAACAAUGGCUAUGUACAAAGUGGAGAUUGAAAAAGAUGAGCUGGAACUCGUAGAAAAUAUCAACCGGAAUUGGAGGGAACUCUACGCAGAAUCCAAACAAGUGGAUCUGAGUCUGACAGAUAUAAAGAUUUCAUUCAAAGAGACCACCCAAAAAAUGGCAGAAGAGUUUCGGGAGGAGUUGUCCAUCUUUGUCGAAAGCUUCAAUAUGCACGGUCCUGGAGCUGUUGGAAAUGAUUUGGAUAAAGGACUAUCAAUAAUGGAAUCAUACGAAGCAGAGCUUGCCAAAAUGGUGGAGGGACGGCAGGAGGUAGCUAAUGCUGAGAAACUAUUGGACCUCCCUGUCCUUGCAUAUCCAGAGAUUGUCAGCAUACAAAAAGACAUGGAUAGCUUCAAGCAGAUUUAUGAUAUAUACCACAAUCAAAAGGUUGCAAAGACAAAGUGGUCUCAGACCUUGUGGAUAGACUUGGAUAUCCACUUGCUUCAGGAAGGGGUUGAAUCCUUCGUGCAAGAUUUGAGGAAACUGCCCAAAGACGUACGAGCCCUUCCUGUGGCUUGCUUUGUUGAGGCCAGAAUGAAGGAAUUCAGAGAUUCUCUUCCACUUCUGAUGGACCUGAAGAAUGAAGCACUCAGAGAAAGACACUGGAAGGAAUUGAUGAAAAGGACUGGUACAAGCUUUGAGAUGAACACACGCAGCUUCACUUUGGAAAACAUGUUUGCAAUGGAUCUUCAUAAAUAUGCAGACGUUAUAGAUGACAUUGUCACCUCAGCUGUAAAAGAGCUUGGUAUUGAAAAGAGUGUGAAGGAGGUGGUGGAGACCUGGGAAAACAUUAAAUUCAUUGUACAACCCUAUAGUAAACGCGCCAAUCAACAGUGUUAUGUCUUGGGUGCCGUGGAUGAGAUUCUGUUGAAUGUGGACAACGAUGCCAUGAAUUUGCAAAGCAUGGCAGGAAGCCGUUUUGUGGGACCUUUCCUCAGCACCAUACAACAAUGGGAGAAAGACCUUUCUAUUAUCAGUGAAAUCAUAGAGGUUUGGUUGUUGGUACAACGGAAAUGGAUGUAUUUGGAGAGCAUCUUCAUCGGUGGCGAUAUUUCCUCGCAGCUGCCACAGGAAGCAAAAAAAUUUGACAUAAUCGACAAAACGUUUAAAGAAAUAAUGAAUGAAGCACAGAGAAACCCAAACAUUAAGCAGUGUUGUCUGGUCCCUAACCGGCUAACAGACCUGCAGAACCUCAGUGAGAACCUAGAAAGGUGUCAGAAGAGUCUCAACGAUUAUUUAGAUUCUAAACGGGAUGCUUUCCCUCGGUUCUUCUUCAUCUCUGAUGAUGAACUGCUCAGUAUUUUGGGAAGUAGUCACCAUGAGUGUGUGCAAGAGCAUAUGAUAAAGAUGUAUGAUAACAUCGCAUCUCUGCGUUUUGACACGGAGAGUAAAGGGGAGACAUCAGUUGAUGCUAUGGUGUCUGCUGAAGGUGAAGUUAUGGAGUUUCAGAAGCCUGUCCAAGUCAAAGGAAGGGUGGAGGAAUGGAUGACUGGAGUCUUACAUGAGAUGAGGCGCAGUAAUCGACUACUUACUAAAGAAGCAAUCUUUCGUUACUGUGAAGACCGAAGCAGGGUGGAUUGGAUGUUGCUGUUCCAGGGCAUGGUAGUAUUGGCUACAAAUCAAGUUUGGUGGACAUGGGAGGUGGAAGAUGUUUUUAACAACUUGAAAAAAGGAGAUAAACAUGCACUGAAAAAUUAUGUGACGAAACUGCACCAACAAAUUGAUGAGUUGGUGACACGUAUAACACAGCCCAUGAAGAAAAAUGAUCGACGAAAGAUCAACACUGUCCUUAUCAUAGAUGUCCAUGCUAGAGACAUUGUGGACAGCUUUUUACUGAACAGCAUAACAGAUGCCGAGGAGUUUGAGUGGGAAAGCCAAUUACGAUUCUACUGGGUCCAGGAAGAAGGCAAUCUUGUUGUGCGCCAGUGCAGUGCAUCUUUCUUUUACGGCUAUGAAUACAUGGGGUUGAAUGGCCGAUUGGUUAUUACUCCUCUGACUGACAGAAUCUACCUCACCCUAACACAGGCUCUCUCCAUGUUCCUGGGUGGUGCUCCUGCUGGACCUGCCGGUACUGGUAAGACAGAGUCCACCAAAGAUUUGGCCAAAGCUUUGGGCCUGCUCUGUGUGGUUACAAACUGUGGUGAAGGCAUGGACUACAAGGCUGUGGGAAAGAUCCUGUCUGGCCUGGCCCAAUGUGGGGCCUGGGGGUGCUUUGAUGAAUUCAACCGUAUCGAUGCCUCAGUCCUUUCAGUUAUCUCUUCCCAAAUCCAGACUAUCCGCAAUGCUCUCAUUCUUUACCUCAAAGUAUUUAAUUUUGAAGGUCAUGAGAUUACCCUGGAUAAUCGAAUUGGUGUCUUCAUCACCAUGAAUCCGGGCUAUGCAGGGCGCACCGAACUGCCCGAGUCCAUCAAAGCUCUCUUCAGGCCUGUGGUAGUGAUUGUGCCCGAUUUGCAACAAAUUUGUGAGAUCAUGCUUUUUUCAGAGGGAUUCCUAAAGGCAAAGGUCCUUGCAAAGAAGAUGACUGUGCUCUAUAAGUUGUCUCGAGAGCAGUUGUCCAAGCAGUCUCAUUAUGACUUUGGCCUAAGAGCUUUGAAAUCCGUUCUUGUGAUGGCUGGAGAACUGAAGAGAGGCUCACCAGACAUUCCUGAGGAUUUGGUACUUAUGCGAGCUUUGAGGGACAUGAACCUGCCAAAGUUUGUGUUUGAGGAUGUUCCUCUAUUCCUUGGCCUGAUCUCAGACCUGUUUCCCGGACUGGAAUGCCCUCGCGUACGCUAUCCCAACUUCACUGAUGCUGUUGAAGAGGUCCUGCAAGAGAACAAAUACGUCCUCCUACCGAUCCAGGUGGAUAAAGUGGUGCAAAUGUAUGAAACAAUGAUGACACGACACACAACUAUGAUAGUGGGUCCGACUGGUGGAGGCAAAUCGGUUGUAAUCAGUACCUUAUGUCAAGCUCAAACCAAAUUGGGAUUACAUACCAAAUUAUAUCCCUUGAACCCCAAAGCUGUGAGUGUCAUUGAACUGUAUGGUAUCCUGGAUCCUGACACGCGAGACUGGACGGAUGGGCUGUUAUCCAACAUCUUCCGUGACAUCAACAAACCUACGGACAAACAAGAAAGGAGAUAUAUCCUGUUUGAUGGCGAUGUGGAUGCUCUGUGGGUUGAGAACAUGAAUUCGGUAAUGGACGACAACAAGCUCCUCACUCUGGCUAAUGGGGAACGAAUACGUUUACAAGCUCACUGCGCCCUGCUGUUUGAGGUUGGAGAUCUGCAGUAUGCUUCCCCUGCUACUGUCUCUCGCUGUGGAAUGGUUUUUGUAGAUCCCCAAAACCUGCGUUACACCCCAUACUGGCAAAAGUGGCUGACAGAGAGACCCAUAAAAGAACAACAAGUGCUGGACAAUCUCUUCGAAAAAUAUGUGUACAGAUUGAUUGACGUGAUCGUGCAAGGGCUUGCUGAUCGAAAACAAGUACAGAUUUUUAAGACUGUUGUCCCUCAAACAGAUUUGAAUAUGGUGUCCCAGCUCUGCAUGACACUUGAUGCCCUACUUGAAACCGAGAAUCAAAGUGCUGCAGUGUUGGAGUGCUACUUUGUGGAAGCACUUUUAUUGUCUCUUGGUGCCACAUUGCUGGACAAUGAAAGGGAGAAAUUUGAUUAUUUAGUCAAAAAACAUUCUGGCUUAUUCAUUGUGAAUGAUGACAAAACACUGGCCGGACCUGGUGAGAUCCCAGGCUACUUGAACACUCUCUAUGAUUUCCAUUUUGAUGGAACACUGCAGAAGUGGGUGCCCUGGAAUAAUCUGGUCACCAAAUACAUCCAUAAUCAUGAAAUGAAGUUUGCUGAUAUUCUAGUUCCAACAGUCGACACCACAAAAACCAGCUGGAUCCUGGAACAGAUGGUGAAGAUAAAAAGGUCUGUCCUGUUGGUUGGAGAACCUGGAACCUGCAAAACCGCUACAGUUCAUAACUUUCUGAAGAACCGUAAUGACGACACAAAUAUCACCUUGACCAUCAACCUUUCAUCCAGAACAACAUCAACUGACCUCCAGAAGAACCUUGAGGCCAGUAUUGAAAAAAGAACCAAAGACAUCUAUGGUCCACCAGUGGGCAAGAAACUGUUGGUCUAUAUAGAUGACCUGAACAUGCCGAAGGUGGAUAGCUGUGGCACACAGCAGCCUAUUGCUCUGCUGAAGCUGUUGUUGGACAGGGGAGGCAUUUAUGACAGAGGGAAGGAGCUCACCUACAAAACCCUCAAGGACCUUGGCUUCAUUGCUGCUAUGGGGAAGGCAGGAGGCGGGAGGAAUGAAGUGGAUCCCCGCUUCAUUUCACUCUUCAGUGUCUUCAGUAUUCCAUUCCCUGCUGUAGAGUCUCUCCACCUGAUAUAUUCCUCCAUUAUCAAAGGCCACACCAAACACUUUGCGGAUUCAGUGCAGAAGAUUUGUGAUGAGAUCACCUUUUGCACUCUGCAACUGUACAACAACCUUGUCAAAGACUUGCCACCUACUCCAGCAAAGUUCCACUACAUCUUUAACCUGCGAGACUUGUCGAAGGUGUACAACGGGCUGACGCUCACUCUGCCUGAUAGAUUUUCAUCAGUGUCUAUAUUUGUUCGGGUUUGGCGAAAUGAGUGUCUGAGGAUUUUCCACGAUAGACUCAUUGAAGAAAAAGACAAGAAUUUGGUUCAGGGCCUUAUAAGAAAGUUAGUUGAGACCCAUUUUAAGGACAACAUGGAGGAUAUUAUGAGAGACCCAGUUCUAUUUGGAGACUACAGAUCAGCUAUGAGUGAGACAGAAACAAGAGUAUAUGAGGACUUACUGGACUAUGAAGCCUGUAAAGCCCUAUUUCAGGAGAUUCUUGAGGAAUAUAACGAUAGAAUGCCGAGGAUGAAUCUGGUGCUGUUCUAUGACGCCCUGGAACAUCUGACCCGCGUGCACCGUAUCAUCCGUAUUGAUCGAGGUCACGCUUUGCUAGUGGGUGUGGCAGGCUCAGGCAAGCAGUCUAUCACCAAACUUGCUGCAUUUGCUGCUAACUGCGAGGUAUUUGAGAUAACGCUCAGUAGAGGAUAUUGCGAGGCAAGCUUUCGUGAUGACUUAAAAACAUUAUAUUUAAAGCUUGGCAUUGAAAAUAAGAAGAUCCUGUUUCUCUUCACGGAUGCCCAUGUUGCCGAGGAAGGAUUUUUGGAACUCAUCAACAACAUGCUUACUUCAGGCAUCGUUCCUGCAUUAUUUCCUGAUGAUGAGAAAGAGUCGAUUCUCAACCAACUUCAAGACGAAGCCCUUAAAAUGGGAGCGGCACCAUGUAAAGGCAGUUUAUGGCAGUAUUUUGUCGACAAAAGUGCCAGCAACUUGCACAUUGUUUUAAGUAUGUCUCCUGUAGGAGAUACCCUGAGGACGCGUUGCAGAAACUUCCCAGGACUGAUGAACAACACUGUGAUAGACUGGUUCAUGCCAUGGCCUCUACAGGCACUGCGCGCUGUUGCAGAGUUUUUCCUAGGUGAAAGUGAAAUGGUUUCAAAGCAACAUGUUCAAGCUGUUGUAGAACAUGUCUGCAUGGUCCAUAAAUCAGUUGGCGAUUACAGCAUACUAUUCCAGCAAAAACUUAGACGAUCUAAUUAUGUUACUCCAAAGAACUACUUGGACUUCAUUCAUGCAUAUUUGAGCCUUCUACAGGAAAAGGACCAGUAUAUUCUGGCGCAGUGCAAACACCUCGAGGGAGGUUUGGAUAAACUAAAGGAAGCCACUAUACAGCUGGAUGAGCUGAACAUCAAACUGGCAGAACAAAAGGUGGUCCUCGCUGAAAAAUCUGCAGCCUGUGAGACCAUGCUGAUAGAGAUUGCCUCAAAUACCACUGUGGCUGAGGAGAAAAAGACAUUGGCAGAAGACAAAGCCAAGGAGAUUGAAGAGCAAAACAAAGUGAUUGCUAUUGAAAAGGCAGAAGCAGAAACAUCACUGGCUGAAGCUCUGCCAGCUUUAGAAGCAGCUCGCAUUGCCCUACAAGACCUCGAUAAAUCCGAUGUUACUGAAAUCAGAUCCUUUGCCAAGCCACCUAAACAGGUGCAAGUUGUGUGUGAGUGCAUCCUGGUGCUGUGCAAGAAAAAAGAAAUUAGCUGGCAAGCCGCAAGGGCAAUGAUGUCAGAUCCCAGCUUUCUUCGUUCACUGCUGGAGAUGGAUUGUGAUGCUAUAGGUCCAAACCAGAUCAAGACUGUCAAAGGCUUCUUGAAGAACCUUUCAACCAGCCUUGAAGAAAUGCAAGCCAUCAGCAAAGCGGGUUCAGGAAUGUUUAAAUUUGUGGAGGCUGUCGUUGGUUACUGUGACGUUGCCAGAGAGAUAAAGCCCAAAAGAGACAAAGUGGCGCGUCUUGAAAGGAAUUUCUUUCAAAGUAAAAAGGAACUGGACCUCAUUCAAAGUGAACUCAGUAAUAUCCAGACAGAACUGAAGGCUCUAAGAGACAAAUAUCAAACUGCUAUUUGGGAGAAACAGAAACUACAAGAGGAGGCUGAACUUAUGGAAAGACGACUUAUAGCUGCUGACAAACUUAUCUCAGGUUUGAGCUCUGAGAAUGUGAGGUGGACGCACGAUUUAGAGGAGUUAAAGCAGCGGCGUGUGCGUCUUUUGGGAGAUUGUCUACUCUCUGCUGCAUUCCUGAGCUACGAAGGAGCCUUCAGCUGGGACUUCAGGAAUGAGAUGGUAUACCAAACAUGGGUUGAAGACGUAAAGGAGAGAGGCAUUCCCUUGAGCCAGCCUUUUAAAGUGGACAAUUUACUAACAGAUGAGGUGGAAAUCAGCAGAUGGGGCUCAGAAGGAUUGCCCCCAGAUGAACUGUCAGUGCAGAAUGGAAUCCUCACAACAAGAGGAAGCCGUUUCCCAAUGUGUAUCGACCCUCAACAGCAAGCCCUCAACUGGAUUAAGAAGAAAGAGGCACACAACAACCUCAAGAUCUCGUCCUUCAAUGAUCCAGAUUUUCUCAAACACCUUGAGAUGGCCAUUAAAUAUGGAUGCCCGUUCCUUUUCCAAGAUGUGGAUGAGUACAUUGACCCUGUGAUUGAUCAUGUCCUGCAGAAAAAUUUGAAGGGAGCACAGGGCAGGCAGGUUAUCAUGCUAGGUGACAAAGAGGUGGACUAUGAUCCCAACUUCAGACUUUACCUCAACACUAAACUGGGAAACCCUAAAUUUUCCCCAUCUGUGUUCGGAAAAGCCAUGGUUAUCAACUAUACUGUGACGCUUAAAGGUCUGGAGGACCAGUUGCUCAGUGUUAUAAUGGGAUUUGAGAAGAAGGAGCUGGAAGAGCAGCGUGAGCUUUUGAUACAAGAGACGAGCGACAAUAAGAAGUUGCUGAAAAACCUUGGUGAAACUCUGUUGAGGGAGCUGGCCACGUCCACGGGCAACAUGUUGGAUAACACAGAGCUGGUCUCCACAUUAGAGGAAACCAAGUCCAAAUCUAGUGAGGUAUUUGAGAAACUUAAGUUGGCUGUCACAACAUCAGUAGACAUUGAUGUCCUCCGAAACGCAUACCGACCUGCUGCCAAGCGCGGUGCUAUUUUAUUCUUUGCACUGACGGAAAUGGCUUUGGUUAACAGCAUGUACCAGUAUUCUCUCACCUCUUACCUGGAAGUGUUUGACUUUUCCCUGCAAAAGUCGGCACCAAACUGUGUUCUACCGGAAAGACUGAAUAACAUCAUGAACAGUCUGACGUAUAACGUUUAUAAUUAUGUCUGUACAGGUCUUUUUGAGAAACACAAGCUGCUCUUCUCAUUCAACAUGACGGUCAAGAUUGAGCAGGCAGAAGGUCGUGUACCUCAGAAGGAACUGGAUUUUUUCAUUAAAGGUAAUCUGUCCAUGGAAAAGUGCACACGCAAAAAGACUUGCGACUGGCUUUCUGAUCAUAGCUGGGAAGACAUAGUGAAACUGUCCGAGCUUUUCCCUGCGCAGUUUGACUCUUUGCCUGAUGAUGUUAGCAAGAAUUCAUCGGAGUGGAAAUCAUGGUUUGAUGUUGAUGUACCAGAACAAUCUCCGCUGCCAAUGAAAUAUGACGAGAAGAUGACGGCCUUUCAGAAGUUGCUACUGCUUCGCUGUUUCCGUGUUGACAGAGUCUACAGAGCCAUCACCAACUAUGUCACUGUCACAAUGGGGGAGAGAUAUGUUCAACCUCCCGUGAUCUGUUUAGACGUUAUCUAUGAGCAAAGCACUCCAUUCUCCCCCAUUGUCUUCAUCCUGAGCCCCGGCUCUGAUCCUGGUGCUGACCUAAUGAAACUGGCUGAAAAGACUGGCUUUGGAGGCAAGUUUAAGUUCCUCGCUAUGGGUCAAGGCCAGCAAAAGGUGGCAUUGCAUCUUCUGGAGCUGGCAGCAAAUCGUGGUCAGUGGUUGAUGCUCCAGAACUGCCACCUGCUGGUGAAAUGGUUAAAAGAGCUGGAGAAGUGCAUAGAGAGGAUCACCAAACCUCACCCCAACUUUCGCCUGUGGUUGACAACCAACCCUAUUGAUGACUUUCCCAUAGGCAUUCUUCAAAAGUCUCUAAAGGUUGUCACUGAGGCUCCCAAUGGCAUCAAACUCAACAUGAGAGCCACCUACUCUAAAAUCUCCCAUGAAAUGAUGGCUGGAUGCCCACACCCUGCCUUUUGUAGUCUGGUCUAUGUGCUGUCUUUCUUCCACGCUGUGGUGCAAGAGAGGCGCAAGUAUGGUAAAAUUGGCUGGAAUGUCCCCUAUGACUUCAGCGAAUCUGAUUUCUCGGUGUGUUUGGAGAUCUUGAACACCUACCUGACCAAAGCUCACAAACAAAGAGGGAACAGCAUUCCUUGGAGAAGUAUCAAGUACCUAAUAGGCGAGGUGAUGUACGGUGGACGAGUCAUUGAUAGUUUUGACCGCAGGAUCCUCAAUGUCUACAUGGAUGAGUAUUUUGGAGACUUCCUCUUUUAUGACUUUUGCCAGUUUCACUUUUUCAAAAACAAUGAUGUACACUACAAAAUUCCACCAAACGGACCAAAGGCAGUAUACACGGAUGAAAUUGAGUCUCUGCCAUUGGCAAACACCCCGGAGGUGAUGGGCCUUCAUUCCAAUGCAGAGAUAGGAUACAACACACAAGCGGCUAAAGACAUGUGGUUGCAUCUGAUAGACCUGCAACCUCAGACAGGUGAGUCUAGUGGAAGCAUCAGCAGAGAUGAAUACAUCACUCAAGUGGCCCAGGACAUUCAGAACAGAUUGCCUGCAAUAUUUGACCUGGAUGUUAUCCGUAAGAAAUUUGGUGUUGAGAUCUCGCCAACAUCUGUAGUGCUUCUCCAAGAACUGGGGCGCUUCAACAAGCUAUUGGUCCGCAUGAAGCGAGCUCUGGCUGAGCUUCAAAGGGCCUUGGCUGGGGAAGUGGGCAUGAGCAGUGAGUUGGAUGAAGUUGCUCGGGCCCUUUUCAAUGGCAAGAUUCCUAAUAUUUGGAAGAAGUUGGCACCUGACACGCUUAAGUCCCUGGGCAACUGGAUGAUACAUUUCAAGAGGCGAUUUGAGCAGUAUAAAUCAUGGGUGGAGGCAGCAGAGCCAAAGGUCAUGUGGUUGUCAGGACUCCACAUCCCAGAAUCCUACCUUACUGCCCAAGUUCAAGCUACAUGCAGAAAAAAUGGUUGGCCUCUAGAUCUUUCCACACUUUACACUGAAGUAUCCCGCUACCGCGAAGAGGAAGAAGUCUCUGACCGACCUGCGCAGGGCUUUUUUGUGUCUGGUUUGUACUUGGAAGGAGCUGACUGGGAUAUGGAAAUGGGCUGCCUAGUAAGGAGCAAACCAAAGAUUCUUGAGGUGCAGCUGCCUAUUCUCAGGGUCAUCCCCAUAGAGAUGCAACGCCUGAGGUUACAGAAUACAUUGCGAACACCAGUGUACACUACAUCACUACGGAGGAAUGCAAUGGGCGUGGGUUUGGUUUUUGAGGCUGAUCUGUUCACUACACAACACCUCUCACACUGGGUGCUCCAGGGUGUCUCUUUAGCUCUUAAUACUGACUAAAACUAGGGAUGUCCCGAUCCGAUCUCGUGAUUGGAAAUCAGGACGAUCGUGCCAUUUUUCAGAAGAUCGGAAUUGGGUAAAAAGGAUCGGAUUUUUAAUUUUAAAAAUUAUGUUUUUCUGGUUCAUGCUCUUACAGCCUUUCACCCUCCAUCCUGCUCUCUUCUUGGUCAGCAGUACCCUGGAGGUAGCUAUUUCAAGUGAAGGGAAUAGUUACCUUUCUCGCACACACCAUAUAGACCCUACUCACCAACGUCACAGAAUGACGUGUCGCUGUAUCCGGCCGCCAUAUUGUCCGUCAUUGUUUAUCCGUAUUCUCAAUGGUUUCAAUUUGUCGUGCAAUUUAUAGUGCAAUUCACGGAAGCCCGGGUGCUUUCAGACGCUGUAAACUCAUUGGAUGCGUUGCAUAAAAGGCGUUAUGUGGAAAAACUUCAGUUUAUCCAUUCGCCAGAUCCAUAUUUGAUGCCUAAAUCGAUAUUUUUCGACCCGCUGUAUUCGCCGUCUCUGCCUGACAUCUGCUACCCUGAUAUCUACAACUAUGUUGUCCACAGAAACUCAGCCUAUUCUCACGGAACUUUGAAAAACUUUAAGAGCAGCACUCUAAGCAACAUUACCCCGUGUGACCCUUUACUUUCAAUUUUCUAAAAUGGCGACAAUCAAUUAAAAAAAAAGUUGACUGCGAUGGCCGACGCUUCAAGGAUAGGUGAAUAUCGGACUAUUUUUUCAAUACAAUACGCAACAACUGUGUCUGCCUCAUUUGCAGAGAGUCGCUGUUUUCAAAGACACGCUGACAUGUACGACAACAUUACAAGGAAGAUACGCAGCGAGAAAUUAUAGCAACUUGAAGCUAGUUUAAUUUCACAGCAGCAGUAUUUAGCAAGAACCUGUGUGUCGAAAGAGAACGCCACAAAGACGAGACUGUUGAAAUUAUGAAUUUAAAAAAAUAAUAAAGCAAAUGUGACACACAGAAGGGCUUGCUAAAAUGUGUUUAAAAAUAUUGUUCUAUGUAAAUCAGCCAAGGUAACCCAUGCAUUUUUACCACACCAAAUCUGGCCCCCUUUGCAAAAAGUUUGGACACCCCUGUUUAACUGAUGAUCCGUAGACGAGGCCAGCUUCUUUCACUUGUUACCAGCUAAAUAUUAUUCAAAAAAUAAUGAUGGUGGAAGAAAUAAGCAUCUUGAAUUUGAAACUAUGUUUUCGGCGAUUAGCCUCGCAAUUAUCUUAAUUGUGGUUGUCAGCCCAAAACCCUCAAAAUAUAUAUUUAAUGCAUCUUACCAGGUAUAAAAUGACUACUACGUAGUCUGUGGUGAUCGUUUGGUGCCCAGUUUUCUCGUCGAAUUGCAGCAAUCCAUCUCGCUCUCCUCUCCGGGUCUCUCGGAAUACGGUAGAACUUUAAGUCUCUCCGUCUAUCUUCUCUGUUACUGCUACCAACCGCCACACACGACUUCACCAUUUUGAUUAUUAACAUUAAUGAACAGAAAAACACGCCAUAAUAGGAGGAAUUUACGUAGCGGUAAUGCGUAAACGUGACAAGCUGACGGAAAAUAUGGCGCGGAGGCGUGGUCGUGACGUCAUGUGAGUAGGGUCUAUAACUGUUUGCAUUACACUAACACACUUAAUAUAAUCAAUCAGGGAAUAGUUUCGUUUCUCAUAUGUACUGCAGGACUGUUUGUACUACUCUAACACACCUAAUAUAAAAUAAAUAGCACUUACACCAUAGUUUAAUGAAAAGAAGCAUAAUAGAUACACAACGCCAUCUUAUGACAGAAGCCUAACAUGUGCGUCACGAGCCAGAUUGACGCACCAACUCUCGCAAUCAGUUCUCCCAGCCACUCCAAGACAAAGAAUGGGGCGCUCUAUCCUAAAACAAGUAGCAUCUUGCCCAGCCAGGAUAACAAGUUGAUUGCGGGCGCUUGGGACGUCAAGACCAGCAUCGGUCGCUGCGGCAACCACGUCCUAGCCACGAAGGACGACGCACGAACCCAACCGGCCACAGAGGGAUGAUUCCAAGACAACACCCAGCCACACCUUCGGCACGGCUCACUCCACCACAGCUUUCAAAAAGACUGGACCCUGAGAUAACAAACGGUCGCUGCUCGGUAACAUUUCCAUGUAGUCGUUGUUUUGACGACCCUGGAUCCAGAAUUUACUCUCCAUUGUCUGUUUUGCCUUGUUUUUUGACCACUGUCAACGAAUAAAUUGUCAACCUGUGUUCGGUGAGUCUUCUUCAGACUUUUGGAACAUGGGAGUCAGUACAAAGGGUUAACACAGGAGGGGAACGCGCAUAAUUUUGGAUCCUCCCGGUUCACCCACGGAGCGGUCUCAGCGGAGCACCGUUUCCGUGCGGCUUGGCCGGGAGACUGAAUUGCUUCACAAGUUAACGAUGUAUGAAAUAAACAUGCUUUUUGGUGUCAUAUACAUUUUAAAUGUGAAAUAA